UCGAUAUUGCAUACUAACACCUUAUUACAAGUUAUUUUUAGUUUAAACCCUCCUUUACUCGCCCCACAUUCAAAAAUAGCAACCAUGACAGAUAUUAUCGUGGUCCAGCCCAUUCUCUGGCCCUCCAGAGACAACGUCAUAAGGAAGAACAUCAAACAGAAGCCACAUUCCAAGUGCAAAUAUCUAUUAUCAUCCACAGUGUUGGGUACGGGUUCUUUUUCUGAGGUGGUGACGGGGAAACACAUCGACACCGGUACUCGUUAUGCAAUCAAGAAAAUCCAAAAGCUGAUGGUGCACGGGCGUGAGAGUCUCAUCCAGAAAGAGAUCACCGCGAUGAAGCAGGUUGGCAUACAACACCGACACCUCCUAUCACUUGUGGAUUAUUUCGAAACGGAUGACGAGUUAUAUUUGGUUACAGACCUCGCCUUGGGUGGCGAUCUCUUUGACAAAAUAGAACGCGAAGGGACACUCCUGGAGAGCCAUACCAAAAGAAUUGUGGUGUCCCUUGUCAACGGUAUCCAAUACUUGCAUUCCCGGUCGAUUGUUCAUCGCGACAUCAAAGCCGAAAACAUUUUCUUCUGGGCUAAGAAUACAGCAUCGGACAUUUUACUUGGUGAUUUUGGUUUGGCUGAAAUACUUGCUCCGUCAAAGUUCCUGUAUUCUGUGUGUGGGACUUACUCGUACAUGGCGCCAGAAAUAUUUACAAAGGAAGGAUAUAGUUAUCCAGUGGAUAUGUGGGCCUUGGGGGUUUUGACCUAUUUCAUGUUGUGUGGCUACAUGCCCUUCGACUGUGAAACAGACGAGGAGACAAAGGAGGCCAUAAUGAAAGCAGACUAUAUGUAUGAACCUCCGGAAUACUGGAACCAUAUCAGUGCAGAUUCAAAACAGUUCAUUGGCCUGUGUUUCGUUACCGAUCCGGUACUGCGUAUGACACCUGGGCAAGCUUUGGGUCAUCCCUGGUUAAGGUCGGAAAUCCCUCGAACUGAGUUUAUACCACGUGAAAGAACCAAUAUCCAUCAAGCCAUUUGUGGAGAUCUAUCACCGGUGUUUAGCUCUCAAAUACUGCCCACACUGAAUAGACCAAAAGCGAUGGUCCAGGAAAACCCCAAAACUGCAAAAUCGCAUUUACUUUCACCUCCAUUAUCGGGCACUAGCCUUCACGGCGAGCCUUUGGGUCUAGACAUGCAUGCAACCAUUGCUGAAAGUAAAAUGGACGGGUUAUUAUGUGACCCUAUUGAGACUGUUGACUUUAUCCACAGUAAUAUCAGUAGCAUUGUCACUUCGAGAAGUAAUUCUAGGGUUUGCUCAAGAAAAAACUCAAUAGAUAUGACGGUGAUCGGGGUAAAGUUAGGCACAGUGGAAGCCACCGGGUAUCGGUGAAAUAAGACUGAAAGUUUCUCGGUGGCAAGGUAAAUUUUAGUUCAGAACACUUAUAUAUGAGUUUGUUUUAUGCGUUUGC